AUGGUGGUUGGCGGUUUGUUGGUUGUGUUGGGAAUCAACGGAGAGCAGGAGGCAUAUGGCGAGGCGGCGUUCGACUUCAUUCCUCGCAGCUACAUGUUGCCGUCGCAGUACUGGAUAUGGAGGUCAUGGACCCAGCUCAGCGCCUCGCCCUCCGACCUGCCCUGGGUGCUGAAAGCGAACGACCACCGAGGUCGCGGAGUGCGGGUGAUGCGGCAGUGGCAGGCCCAACGUCAGGCCCUCCGCGGCGGCGGCCCGCAAGCCAAGGGCGACGCGGCAACUCAAAAAGGUUUUGUGCUCGUCCAGAGUUACGUACGGCGGCAGUUCUUGUACGACAAUCGCCCCAGCUACCUGCGCCUGUGGGUUGUGGUAACGUCCAUCCAUCCUCUCCGCGCGUACCUCUUUCGCGGUGGGGUACUUGUGUUUGGGGACAAGCUGGGGUCAAGCGGAGGAGGCAGAGGAGGCGGAAUUGGAGGUGCCACCACAGCCGCCGCCGCCGCCGCGGUCGCCGCUACGGGCGGCGCCAUGGCAGCAGCCACGGGCAGCGAACACGGGCGGCGGCAGCUUCUUCAACCUCUGUUGCGUUCACCGCGCUUGGAGGCGGAAGAGGUCCAGGGAAAUCGUAUCCAGACUCCCCUUGACAAGCUGCCGCUGGCGGCGGCGGCAGCGGCGGCGAGUGCCAGCGCGGGUGGCACGGCACAUGGCCGCAGACGUCAUCUUGAACAGCAACAGCAACGAGAAGCGAUGGACCGCAGCGGCGGCAGGGCCGCCCGCCAGGAGCCGCAUCACGUCAGCGGGAAGACGCCGCAUUACGAGCUGCAUCAUGUCAACUACUGGACGAUUGCCGGCGAGAAGUUGCAGCCAUGGACAGUGGGCCAGCUACGGCACCACGCGGAGGCGACCUGGCCAGAUGACCCACGGGUCUUUGAACGCGCAUGGGAACACGCCAGGACGUCAUUGGGGAUGGUGCUGGCGUCGGCUGCGGGGCGAAUGCGUGCAGCGGCGCGGGGCCUGGCGGCGCUGGAGGGCUGCGGCUUCGAGGUCCUGGGCGUGGACUUCUUGCUCAAUGCCACUUUCCACCCCACCCUUGUGGAGCUCAACGCAUUGCCCUCCCUGGCGCGACUUCGUACCGCGCCGGGCGACCCGGCGUACGCGGACGCCGCAGGGGCCGGUCAGGCUGCCAAUGCGUCGGCGUCUCCUACCACCGCUGACGCCACCGCCGCAGUCGCAGCCGCACCGUUUGAUUUAGAAAAGGAGCGCUUUCUGCACCACGCAUUGCGGCUGAUCGGGAUGCCAAUCGGACCGCCGCCUGUCGCCGGCGGCGAUUUCCAUCGCAAUGCCACGAGCACCGCAGCCGCGGCCGCAGCAGCUGGGGGAAGAGGAAGCGGCGGCGGUGUGACAGCAUCUCUGCCGUCGCCGCCGCCGAGCGUGGGCGGAGUUCUCCGCGCCUUGGCGGCGCUGCUGCGGCCUCCGAAUAACGACACAACGGAGCUGCAGGCCUUCAUACGUCAGCACCUGCCGCUUGACAUGGCGGAGGCGGAGGCGGUGCUGCCCAGGCUGCGGCCGCUGUUGUGCCCUGUGCCCGCCUCCUGGGGCCCGGCGCCGGGCUGGCCGGUGCUGGAGACGACGACGGCGGAGGCGGCGACGGUGACGGCGGAGGCGGCGGGUAGUGCCGGCACCGCUCGCGCUGGGCGGCGCCUUGCUGCGGACGCAGGGGCGCCGGAGGAGGGGGAGGAAACACGAUCGGCAGCGGAGGCGGAGGCGGGGACGUUGUUGUACGCAGCUCCGGAGCCAUUGGCGGAGUGGCAGCGGCGGUGGCGGUGGCUCCAGAGUUGGUGGGACAGGGCGGGACAGGUGGAAGGUGGAAGUCAGCUGCCGCGGCGCAUCGCGGCACGUGUUGGUUCAUCCGUAACGGCGGCGGCGGCAGGUGCGGCGGCGCAGAACCUGGUACGGCGGCUUGGGUCGCAAGUUGAGGACGUGGAUGUAGCGACGGCGACGGCAGCCAAGCCCACUACAGUUGCCGCAGCCAUGGCCACGGGGAUAGGUGCGGAUUGUGGCGAGGGUGUGCCGUCGUCGGCAGGGCAUUGGGUUUCGGAGCGGGGAAGAUUGCGUACGGACUCGCCGGUGGCGAUGGAGGUUAGGAGCAUGCCGGGCGCCGCCAAUAGCGCUGAAAGCGGUGAUGGCGAUGGCAAUGGAGGGAGGAAUAGCCGCCGCCGCAUGCUGAUACAUGAUGCUUUGAGUGGAGGGGCCGGCGGCGGCUCAGUGGCGAGCAGUAGCAGUACUACAGCCGGCAAGCAGGAGACGCCGCAGACGCCGUGCCAGCGGCGGCACUGCUACGACUGGGAUGUGCUAGCUGCCAUUGCUGAUACGGAGUACGAGCUGGAGCAGGAUCUGGAUUUUGAUCCAGUUUUUCCGAUGACGGCAGCGCGCAACCUGAAUAGAGCAGCACUGGAGGCUGCACGGAAUGGCGCCGCCGCUGCCGCCGCCGCUCCGACCGCCGUCGGGCGGAAGUCCAGGACCAAGGGGCCGCUACCGAAAGCCGGCGGUGGCGGCGGUGGCGGCGGCGGCGGCGACAGCAGCAGCGAUGGAUUGAUAGACAGUCAGGGUGGCGACGGCGGGGCGGUGCGGCCGGAGAAAUCCGCGGUUUUGGAUUCGAAUCCGGAUUCGCAAACCGGACUCCAACGGCUGCAAACAGGCUUAGGCUUCGUACGGGAAAGUAUCACAGCUGUCAAUCUGGACUUGGUCCGCUCGUUCCGGUACAUGACCACCACGCCGCACGUUUUUGCGAGUACGACACUGCCGUACAGUUUUAUCGAUGCAGCUCUUGACGCUUUCGAAACGGUGCGGAGGCGGUUGCGGCAGCCCGGCAUGUGCGCAGCGCCGUACGGAAGCCCACCUGGGAAAGAACUCUGGCCGCUAGGGCAAUUCAAUAUCGCCAGAUUACAAGAGAGCAACAAAGAUCUGAUGCACAAUAUCAUACGUAAUAUUCACAUCCUAGAGUUCACGCCGCAUCUUUACUUGCCCUGUCUGGGUCGCUGCUACCUCACCGAUAACGAUACGCCAUGA